UUUCCUUUAGGUACUUCCCAUCAAGGUGGCUAUUCCCAUGAUGCUGUGGUCCAUGCAUUACAGCAGUGCGGCAUUCGUCAUAUUGACACAGCAAAAAGAUAUGGCUGUGAAUCUCUCCUCCAAAAAGCUAUCAAAGAAAGUGGUGUGAAGCGGGAGGACCUCUGGAUAACUACGAAACUGUGGCACAGUGAUUAUGGCUAUGAAAACGCAAAAAAAGCCUGCUUGGAGUCAUGUGAAAGGCUUGGUGUUGAAUAUCUUGAUCUUUAUUUGAUACACUGGCCUGAUACUCAUGUUCCAGGUAAAAGCAAUCAGGAGGUUCGAGCUGAAACCUGGAGAGCAAUGGAGGAGCUUUAUGAGAAAGGUAAUGUAAUAAUUAAAAACUUGUCUUUGCAGAAGGAAUUACGAUGCGUUUUGGCUUUGGAAAAUCUAUAA